AUGACGACCAGCUCGAAAAAGAAGAAGGACAAGAGGAAGGAUUUCCAGAAACCCAAGUUGAGGGUUGGAAAGACCGCCCCAAAGGCUGCCAAUGCGACGAGCACGAGUUUCAAAGCGAAAUCAAUAUCUUUGAAGCAGCAGGCACUCUCUGCAAAUGCUCCAACACUCGAAGCACAAUGUGUACAUCACCUGGGUCUCCUUGAUCACAAAGCGGACAAACAGCGACAGGAAUCGCUGGCCUUUCUCACCACAGCCAUUACAGGCGUUGCUCCAGGAAGUCCAUUACCUCAGCCCGCUUCAGUCAUCAUCCCUGCUGUGCAGAGACUUAUCUUGGACGCUUCAAAUGCCGUUCGGCAGCAGUUGCUAAAGCUGCUCAAGGCUCUGCCGGAGAGCGACGUGGCCACUCAUGCAGAUCAACUCCUGCUCCAUACGAGAGCUGGGAUGACACAUCUGUCCGCGGAAACUCGCACGUUCGCCCUCGAGGUGCUCCAGUGGCUUAUUGGUGUUGCGGGCGAUGAAGUUGUGAGCUGCGCAGGUGGGUGGGUAAAGAUGCUGAAAUGCUUCCUGAGCCUGCUUGUCUGGAAGCCUGAAGGAGAGGGGAAAUGGUCGCAAGCAAAGUCGUACGGCAAGAGCGACGCGAAGCUCCAAGUGAAGCAGAUGGACGCUCUCACCUCCUUCUUACGAGUCGGUCUAUAUCACGCACAGCUUGCAUCGGUCACGAACGACAGCAAUUUUCCGCUCUGGCAGACCGAGCACCACAUGUUGUCUGAACGAUCGAACGUGUACGCCCAUCUAAAUCUCUUUAGCGCGACAAGAGACGAAGAAGCAGAGAUGUUGGAGGAUCGCGAGGACCGACAGAGGGUGUUCAAUGACAGAGCUGAAGCCGCUGUCGUUGUCGGUCUUGAGCAGGCCCUGAAAGCGGGCGGUGAGAUGGGUCGCGCAGCUGCGCAGCUACGGAAAGUGGUUAGAGACGGUAUGGCAGACUUUCAUAGAGAGGAAGUCAUGGUAUGA